AUGGAAACAAUCUCGAAAAAGUUCACUAUCUAUUGGUUUAGAAAAUGUCAAAGAAUCCAUGACAAUAAGGGCUUAUUAGAUUCAUCUAUCCAAAAGAAUUUGUUGCCUAUCUUUAUUUUGGAUCCAUGGUUCAUAAAAAGUGAUAAAACAGGCACAAACAGAAUCAAAUUCUUACUAGAAUCUCUAAGUGACCUUAAUGCCAAUUUAAAGACUUAUAAUUCUAAUCUGAUAAUAUUGUAUGGCAACCCCUCUGACAUCUUUGAGAAACUUGCUAAACAUAGUGAAAACUUAUACUUUGAGCUUGAUACUGAGCCGUAUGCUUUAGAUAGAGACCGAAAAGUUCAAAAAAUAUGCGAAAAAGAAGGAGUACAGGUUCACAGAAAUGCAGGGCAUACCUUACUCAAACUAGCUGAUCUGGCUUAGGCAGGAGAGAGUUGUAAAAACAUGGGAGACUUUUUAUAGUUCAUUAAAGAAUCAAUGAUUGAUAAACCAUUAGAAAAGCCUGAUGAUUUACCAAGUUUGCCAGCAGACUAUGAGAAAAUUCUAAAAUCACUAAAAAUAGAAUACUCAAAUUAAGUUCCUUCUCUUAGUGAAAUAGAUAGGAAUGAGAAUGAAGCAACAGCCAGUCUUAAAGGAGGAGAGACUGAAGCGUUGAAUAUCAUGAAUGAUUACUUGAAAGACAAGAAAAAAGUCAAUAAUUUCUCAAAGCCUUUCACCUCUCCCAAUAGUCUAAAGCCAAGUACAACAACACUAAGUCCUUAUUUAAAAUUUGGAUGCUUAUCACCAAGAUUAUUCUACCACAACUUAAAAAAAGUAAUGGAUAGAAAUGCUACACAGCCCCCAGUGUCAUUAGUUGGAUAACUAUUCUGGAGAGAGUUCUUUUACAGUAAAAGCUAUACAGUAAAGAAUUUCGAUAAGAUGGUUGGUAAUCCAAUCUGCAAGUAAAUGAAUUGGGAAAGAAAUGAGGAAAUCAUCAGAAAAUGGGAGAUGGGCUAAACAGGAUUUCCAGCAAUAGAUGCAGUUAUGAAUCAGCUCAGGCAAGAAGGUUGGAUGCAUCAUUUAGGUAGACAUCUUGUGGCAUGCUUCCUAACAAGAGGUCAUCUUUAUUAGCAUUGGGAGGCGGGCAGAGAUGUGUUUGACAAAUACUUGCUUGAUGCUGACUAUGCCCUUAAUAACGCUAAUUGGAUGUGGCUGUCCUGCUCGUCAUUCUUCUCCUAGUAUUGGAAGGUGUAUUCUCCCAUCUCAUUCUUCCAAAAGACUGAUAAAAAUGGAGAUUUUAUUCGAAAAUAUGUCCCAUAGCUUAAACACUACCCAGCAGAAUUUAUUUAUGAGCCUCAUAAGGCGCCUAUCAUGGUUUAAAAAAGAUGCAAGUGCAUUAUUGGGGAAGACUAUCCUUUACCAAUUAUUGAUUAUAAAAAAGAAGGUGCUAUUAAUAUGCAGAGGAUGAAAUAAGUAUUUGCAGAUAGUAAAGAUCAAAGUAUUAAGGAAGAGAAAAAAUCUAUAAGUGUAACUCCCAAAAAGGGGAAGGUAGUAAAAGAGGAAAGUAAAUCAAACACAAAGACUAUUAAAGAUUUUAUGAGUGAUAAAAAUCAAGUGAAAAAAGCAGCUGAAGAAUGGGCUCUUGGUGAAGAUUAAAAUAUUUAAAAUGAUAAAAAAGCUAUUCAUAGCAAUUAAAAUUUAAGCUCUAAAUCUAGAAAGAAGAGCUUAAAAUAAUGA